AUGGCAUCUUUUAGCAGCAAAGAUACCAGAAACAAAGCAUGCAAGAUAACACUUGAAGAAGGCAAUGAAUACAAAUUGGAAACUAACAUUGAUACAAUAACCAACCAAAAAAAAAUAAUUAGACUGACAUGCAUCCCUUUAGUUAAAGAUGAGAAUACGAUUUUAAACCAAUGGUCAAUAAGGAUUCAAAAAGAUGAUGUUAAAAUGAUACCUUAUGCCAUAAAUAAAGAACAAAUCCAAACUAGAGAAAAAUUUACAAUGAAAUUAACAAACCUGCCAUUUGGCACCACAACGUAUGAUUUGGAAGACAUACCCAAAGCAACUAAUGCUAAAAUGGUAAUAAUUCCAAGAACAAAU